AUGACUGACGGGCAGGUGAUAAAGCGUGCAAGGUAUAAAUCGUCAGUGAAGGACUUUGGAGUUCCUGGUGUUCUGAAAAUGACUCGGGAGAGGUUUUUUUUUAUGCCAAAUGAUCCGAAAUCAUCUGCAAGGCUUAAUGUAGAGUUUAGAUUGGUUAAAGGGCACAAAUUUACCAAGGAGGGUUCCAACAAACAGGCCCUGCUUAAUCUCACAGUGGAUCAGGGAGGAAAUUACAUUUUUGAAUUUGACACUUUUUCUGAUCGUGAUGCUUGCCGUGAAUAUGUUGCAACAGCUAUUGCAGUAUCCGGAGAAGCUGGAAGAGCUGGUUCUGAGAGAUCAGCUGCUCCACUUCAAGAUGAACAACUUAGCCAUGCAGAGAUGGAGCGUCGGAUUAGACUACUGCAGGAGGAUAGUGAGUUGCAGAAACUUCAUAAGCAAUUAGUGAUUGGAGGUGUCCUAUCAGAGGCUGAAUUUUGGGCAACAAGAAAGAAGUUGCUGGAUGAGAAUGCCAGCAGAAAGUCAAAACAACAGGUGGGGUUGAGAAAUGACAUGUUCCAUGUCAAACCAUCUUCUGAUGGUCAGUCUAACAAAGUUACUUUUAAUUUGACACCCGAGAUUAUUCACCAGAUUUUUGCUGAGAAACCGGCUGUACGCCAGGCAUUUCUAAAUUUUGUUCCGAGCAAGAUGACAGAAAAGGAGUUCUGGACGAAAUAUUCAAGAGCAGAAUACUUGCACAGUACGAAAAAUGUUGUUGUGGCUGCAGCAGAGGCUGCAGAAGAUGAUGAGCUGGCUGUUUUCUUGAAGCAAGAUGACAUGGCAGCAAGUGAAGCUCGGCGGAAGAUCAGAAGGGUCGAUCCAACUUUAGACAUGGAAGCUGAUGAAGGGGAUGAUUACACACAUCUUCCGGAUCAUGGGCUAUCUUGCGACGGUAGCAAGGAUGUGACUGACUCACCGUAUGAGCUAUACAGAAGGUCUCUUCUGCAAGAACUUAACCGGCAUGCAGCGGUUGUUCUUGAAGGAAGAGCUAUAGAUGUCUUAGAAUUUGCGAGUAGAGUCCCUUUGGGUGGUUUGGCCCUUUUGUGCUGCAAGGCAUUGCUGAUAGCAUUGCCUGUUGGACUUGGACUUUACUUUUGGGCUAUGAGUUGUAGUAAAGGCAAUUUAGGAUGCAUUCUAGGAGGUGUUCACAUUCUUGAUGUGCUGCUUUUUCCCACCCACAGAUGUGGAGUUGGAGACACAAGGUCCGUAGCUGAAGCACUUGCCAGGAGCGCUUGGACAGGAUAUCUCGGAUGGCAGGAGAUCGAUGAUCUUCAGGCACCUCGUGACCUCGCUGUUGCACCACUUUGUAUCAAGGAUCCUCGUGACUACUUUGAUUCUCAACAAGCUAAUGCGAUAAAAUCUCUGGGAGACACACUGGCUGGGGCUAAACAGAUGAAAUGUAGCCUGAGCACUGCUGAAGCAUAUGGUCUCUUAAGGGAUUAUAUUUCUGAGAUCAAAACCUCGGGUUGA